AUGGGUCAACGAAGCAAAGUGUUGGACACAGAAGGCCCGACACCAAAGUUUCUCUAUGCCAUAAUCAGACAACUGAACUUGAAGGAGAUUGAUUGGAAUAAAGUUGCAUCUGACCUUGAAAUUUCCAACGGCCAUGCCGCACGCAUGCGCUACUCGCGAUUCAAAUCCCAGAUAGACCCGCCAUCGGCAAGAACGAUCAAGAAAAAGGACGCCAAGAAGGGAGGCAAGGGCGACUUGAAGGGAGAUCUCCAGGCAUCACAGGCCAUGCAACACCAGUCGUUCUCGGAAUCAGGGAUUGUGCCAAAACUUGAACCAACUGGGUCAACAUUCCAGCCGAACUCCAACCCAUUCGUCAAAUACGAGCCCGGCACCCCAAAUGUGUAUGGCAUCCAAGGCCCAUCUAACUCCCAAGACAGCUUCUACUCUCCAUUCUCACAAGCCAUGUCACCCGCACCAAACAUGCCGUCCCCACAAAUGAUGCCGGCCAGGUACCUGGAGAAUUUCGAUCCGAUCUCGCAUGGACCUCAGCACCAAUAUCUUGCGAGCGGUAUGUCAAUGACCCUACCCUUGGGCACGUAUGCCCCGGUGCCAAUGUCGACUCCAUCGGGAUUUACAACGUACCCGUCAUUUCCCCUGGCCCAUGAUAUCAACAUGCCAGACUUUCCCUCCCCAACACCUGGUUUCAACAGUGGUCCGGUGAUCACCUGGGAGCCAGUACUACAGCAAAAAAACGAAUCUCCGACCUCCCCAGUGGGAACCAAGGAGGAUGUGCCCCCUCCAGCGAGGAUCAAGCAGGAACCAGAGUCUGGCGAGAAGACAAUCGAGACUGUGGAGAUCAAGAUGGAGCAAGGUUCGACGGACAAAAUCUGCAUUAGCUAG